GGUGUAAUAAAAAUUCGGUGAAUAGACGAAUUUCUGCGACGGAGUGGAUAAAGCAGAAAGAAUAUACCUGUUGUUCUGUCAAUUGUCCGUGACUUUCAAACGAUUACCAAAAUUUAAUUUCAAAAGUGCGAAUUGUGAAAAUGGGCAGUUCCAGUUCGUCAUUACCGGAAAAUCUUACAGGCGGCGAUUGGACGUAUCGAUUGUACUAUUAUUAUGAUGUUUCAUCGCAUUAUCAAAGUUAUUCGUAUUCGGAUUCAGAGUUAAAAACGAAAUUGCUGGAAGAACUGUACGAUGACAACAUUGCCAGAUUGUUUCGGUUCACUUGUAAAUUAUCGCCAAUACAAGUGACGAAAUAUUUGGCACAUCAUAAAUUCAUCAUUUGCAGGACAAGCACAGACUGGUACUAUUCCAUCGAAAAGAACACGAAAGGUAUUUACAUACAACGAGGCGGUAGCCUUUCCCGAGUACGAGACUACUUUCUGGGAGAGGAAAGAAGUGGCAUUUCCAGUAAUUCGUCUGCUUUCAAUGAAAUGAUAUCGUCUAGCACAACAAUUAAGGACAUUGUGCGUUGGAUUUACGAGUCGAGUCAAUUGGACCAACCGUAUCAUGUAAUACAAAGUAAUUGCCAAGACUUUGCUGGCAGAUUACACGAUAAGUUCGCUGUGGAUGCCAUUGAUGAUGCGGCCUUAAAUAUGGGAAAUCACUAGCGAAGUGAGAUAGACGAGUCCCUGUUCUGUGUCUUUUUAGGCUAACAGUCACUCAUCUCUUUCACGGCUCUUAUUUUGUGGGACGAUCGUAAUUGGAUGUUUUACCCUAUGCAUCGCAAUACGAAUGAAUUGGAUGUGUAAUUUUUGAAUGAACAGAGAUGCUGGUUGAAAUAAAAUGUUUCAAAAAUCGC